AUGCACGCAUCAGUAUUUUUCUUUGAUAAGAAAAUGCUGAGUUUUAUCAGUAUCUAUCGCACUCUCUAUCUCUGUCUCUGUCUCUCUGUAUGUCCAUCAGUCUCUCUCUCUAUCUCUCUCUCUCUCUCUCUCUCCAUAUAUACACCCUUAAAGAGAAAGUCUCUCUCUUCCCCCCUCUCUCUCUCUCUCGUCCGCCUCUCUCUUCCCCGUUAUCUCUUCCCCCUCUCUCUCCUUCCCCCUCUAUCUCUUUCCCCUCUCUCUCGUCUCCCUCUAUCUCUUCCCCCUCUCUUCCCCUCUAUCUCUUCCUCCCUCUCUUCCCCUCUCUCUUUCCCCCCCCUCUCCCUUCCCCCUCCCUUCCCCCUCUGUCUCGUCUCCUCUCUCUUCCCCCUCUCUCUUCCCUCUCUCUUCCCCCUCUCUCUUCCCAUCUAUCUCUUCCCCUCUCUCUUCCCAUCUAUCUCUUCCCACUCUCUCUCUUCCCUCUCUCUCCCCCCUAUCUCUUCCCUCUCUCUGUCUUCCCCUCAUCUCUUCCCUCUCUAUCUCUUCCCCUCUCUCUUCCCCCUCUUUCCCCUCUCUUCCCAUCUCCUUCCCCCCUCUCUCUCCCGUCCCCCUCUCUCUCUUCCCCUCAUCUCUUUCCCCUCUCUCUUCCCCCCCUCUUCCCUCUUCCCCUCUCUCUUUCCCCUCUCUCUUCCCCUCUCUCUUCCCCUCACUCUCUUUUCCCCUCUACCUCUUCCCUCUCUCUCUUCUCCUAUAUCUCUUCCCUCUCUCUCUCCCUUCCGCCCUCUCUCUCGUACCCCUCUCUCUUCCCCCUUUAUCUCUUUCCCUAUCUCUCUCUUCCCCUGUCUCUCUUCUCCUCUCUCUCUCUCUCACUCUCUCUUGAACUCUCUCUCUCUCUCUCUCUCUCUUCUCUCUCUCUCUCUCUCUCUCUCUCUCUGUCAGGAUUGA